CGCUAGUUCAGUCUCCUCAGUGAAGCCGUCGUGUGCGCACGCAAAGCGCUUGUCAAAAUUUUCACAAAAAAUACACAACAAAAAGAAGCAAAGAAACAGUGCGAGUUGAAUUUGAAGUUGAAGCCCUGAGAAAACGUGUGUGUUUUUGUGUGCGUGUGUGUGUGCUUUUGGAAUUAUUGGUAGUUUUCAGUUGGCCAACAACAAAAUUUUUGGCAAGUGAUGCGUUGAACAACAAAUGAAAGCAAGUAACGCAACUGAAUGCAAAAUGUGUGAAAGUGUAGCAUAAAUAUUGCCAAAAGUGAAUUACAAACAAGCCAGAAAGAAGUUGAAACAAAGCAAAUACAACUAUAAUAACAACACCAACAACUGAAGCGCCAACUGUGCGUCGUUCGUUCACUGUUUAUUUAACAAUUGUGAGCCAAAUAUAAAAAAAAUAGAAAAGACUGGCUAAGCUAAGCAGUUAGAGACAGCGAAAAUACAACAACGAUAAAAAAGUGUUGCUUGGCGGUUCAAAUAAUUAACAUAACGUGGAGCUUUUAAAACGUGAAUUGCUUAAAAAUACAUUAAAAAUGUACAACAAGCUGCAGUAAAAGGAGUAAAAAGAAACAAAUCAAACACACCGGAACGGAACGGAAAAAAAGAGGAAGGAAGGAGAAAAAAACAAAAGGGAUAACGCAUACAAUAACAGAAAAGAACGAUGAGUUUGGCAGCGUUGCCGUCGCUGCUGCUGCUGCUGUUGCUUCAACUGAGCAGCUGGCAACUGAGCGAAGCUGAUUUUGGACGCGAUGAGUGCACAGAUCUCAACAUCUCAUCGUGCGAAUGCGCUGUGCUCGUCAGCGAGUAUGACAUUAGCUGUCCGGGUCAGAGUUUUAGUCCCAAAUUCAAGAUUACCAUUCGACCGGGCACCAAGGUGAUGAUCGAAUGCAACAUUACGAAUCCGCUGGAGUUUAAGCAGAUGCCACAAAUGCGAAUCGGCAGCAUUCCCAUGGUGCAGAUCAAACGUUGUCCGCUGCCCUUCCACACACCGAUUGCUGGACUGCUCGACAACUUGGGCAUCAUCAACACGCACACAAUGUUCUUCGAGAGCAACGAUCUCGGCAUGAAUGUGACGAGCACGCAUCUGGAACGUCUGCAGAAUUUAUCGCGACUCCGUUUUGUUGCACGUCGCUUGUCGUAUGUGCCCGAGGAUUUGUUGCGGCAUCUGCGCAACCUGAGCUGGCUGGAUAUGCGCUCUGCGAACUUGGUUGAGUUGCCCGCCAGAUUGUUGGCCGAUAUGGAGUAUCUGGAGUUCUUGGAGCUGGGCAGCAAUAAUCUGAGGCAGUUGCCACGCGGCAUCUUCCGGGAUCUGCACAAGUUGCAGCAUUUGAAUUUGUGGAGCAAUCAGUUGCACAAUCUGAGCAAACAUGACUUUGAGGGCGCCCAGAGUGUGGUGGACAUUGACUUGCAUAACAAUGGCAUUGUUCAGCUGCGUCCCGAUGUCUUUGCUUUGCUCACCAACAUGACGGAGAUCAAUUUGAACAGCAACAACUUCCGUUCGCUGCCCGAGGGACUCUUCCAGCACAAUCUCAAGUUGAGGCAGGUGAAAUUGCAAUACAAUCGUUCGCCACUGCCAGAGUUGCCAUCGCGUCUGUUUGCCAAUCUGCCAGAGUUGGGCUCGCUUUACUUGCGCUGCGAACUGGAAACGUUGCCAGCCGAUAUCUUUCAGGGAUCGAGGAAAUUGGAGAACAUGACGCUAAUGGACAACCUGCUAAGCACACUGCCUGCUCAUCUGCUGGACGAUCAAGAGAAUCUUUUGCUGCUCGACUUGCAGCGCAAUCGUCUGAGGCAUUUGCCCGAUGGCGUCUUCGAUCAUCAGGGCAAAUUGCAGAUACUCAAUCUGGCCGAUAAUCAGCUGACAGAAAUAUCAAGCAAACUGUUCACCAGGUUGGCCAAUCUGACGGAGCUGUAUCUGAGCAACAACCAUCUGAAGACGAUACGUCGCAACGCUUUUGUUGGCAAUCCGAUGCUGCAGCAGUUGCACUUGGCCAACAAUCGCAUCGAUCUGCAGGAAUAUAUGGCGUUAACCUAUGGCGACGUUGGUUCACCGUUCAAUUCUCUUCAGAGUCUACAGACACUCAAUUUGCGGAACAAUUCGCUGAUGGUGAUCUUCAGCGAUUGGAAGUACACGAUGAAUGAGCUGCGUGAACUGGACUUGAGCUACAACAAUUUGACAAUACUAGAGAACACGGAUCUGGUGUUUCUCACCAAAUCGCAACUGCAAGUUAAUCUGACACACAAUCAAAUACGGACCGUGCACUUCUACUCGAGCAUAAGCAAUAUCUCAACGCUCGACACGGACACAUCGAAGCUGGAGCACGGCAUCGCCACGUUGCGAGUGGAUCUCAAUGAUAAUCCCAUCGAUUGUGAUUGCACCUUGCUGCGUUUUCUGCAAUUCGCUCGCAGUGAAUUCCAACCGGACUAUGCCAAGAAGUGGAUCGUUUCAGCGGAUCGCCUGAAGUGCCAAGAACCAACAGCGCUGGCCGAGCGUUCCAUGACUUCGGUGCAUCCGCGAGAGUUGCUCUGCAACUUUGAUCUGACCGACAAUCCCAGAGAUCGACGUUGUCCGGCCAAAUGCGAGUGCUUUGUGCGCACCUUUGACUCGGCGCUGAUCAUUAACUGUUCGAACAGCGAUCUCACCAAGAUACCCAAACUGCCGCGACUGCCGCCGAAUCUCUCACUCUUCGAGUUGCAUGUGGAGAACAAUACGCUGCUCAAGCUGCCCGCCUACAAUGCACCUGGCUAUGCGAAUGUCACGAGUCUCUAUUUGGCCGGCAAUAAUCUCACCGAAGUGGAGGAAUCGCAUCUGCCACGUCACCUGCAGUAUUUGGACUUGCGACGCAAUCAACUGGAGCAGCUGAAUGCCACAGUGUUUAGCUAUCUAAACAGCAGCAUGGAUAAACUGCAAAUGCGUCUGGCCGACAAUCCUUGGGUCUGUGAUUGCGAUGCAGCUGAUUUGCUGCACUACAUGCAAUCGAAACAGGAUCCGGUGCUCGAUAGCUUUGAUCUCUUCUGCAGCGAUGCCGAGAUGCCCACACGUAUGAUUGAUUUGCGCAAAUCAGAUUUGUGCUCGCAGCCACGAACUCUGCUCAUUGCCAUCAUUGUGGUCAUCUCGCUGACGGGCUUCCUCAUUGGCAUCAGUGCAGCGGUUUACUACAAAUAUCAACAGGAGAUUAAGAUCUGGCUGUAUGCACACAAUCUGUGCUUGUGGCUGGUCACCGAGGCCGAUGUGGACAAGGACAAAAAGUUCGAUGCCUUCAUUUCGUAUUCGCACAAGGAUCGCGAGUUCAUUGAGAAUCAUCUGGUGCCCAGGCUUGAGGGUGGCAAUCAAAAGUACAAACUCUGUGUGCACGGUCGUGACUGGCUUGUGGGUGGCCUCAUCACCGAUAAUAUCUUCCAAUCGGUGGCCGAUUCACGACGCACCAUCAUUGUGCUAAGUCCGAACUUUAUUGAAUCCGUGUGGGCGAAAAUGGAAUUCCAGGCGGCGCACAAAGCGGCGCUCAACGAUUGCGUGUCGCGUGUGAUUGUCAUCAUCUACUCGGACAUUGGGGAUCACAAACAGCUGCCGAAGGAUCUGCAAUCGUAUCUCACCAUGAACACGUACAUCAAGUGGGAUGAUCCGUGGUUCUGGGAUAGAUUAAACUAUGCGAUGCCGCAUCGUGGUCCAAGCAGGAAUUCCACAAAUGGCACACUGAUCAAAUCGUUGCUGAAACGCAGUCCCGAUGACAAGCUGGAGCUAAUUAAACCGUCGCCGGUGACGCCAACGUUGACCACACCGCCGGGUGAGACCACAAAGAAUCCGUUGGUGGCCAAAUUAAAUGGCAGCACACCGCACACGGCCAUCAUGAUUGGCAAUGGCAACGGCAAUCUGUCGAAUCUGUAUGUGCCCAAUGGCAAGUCACAUCAUGGUAAUGGUCACGUUAAUGGCGCCUUUAUCAUCAACACGAACGCCAAGCAGAGCGACGUAUAGAAUUGGCACAAAUUGGAGCCCCACGACGAGGAGCUCUUGUUUCACUGAGGAGAAAGGGCGAAAUACACAAUCCCUCCCCCUCCCUCUGACUUUCUAACUCAAGCUCUCUCCUCCAUCUCUCUGUCUCCCUCCAACAACUCUACACACGCUCGCGUCACUUACUUCACAUAUGCUAUAUGACCAAUUCCAAAUUCCAGCUGAAUGUAAAAAGCCUCGAGAACAUUUUUGUAGCAAAACCUCAAAUAGCACUCUCAUUCAUAUUCAUAUUUCUACAUCUGUGUGUGUGUGAGUCUGAGUGCCUGAGUGCGAGUGUGUAUGUAAAGUGUGUGUGUAUGUGUGUAUACAAUGUCUAGCUGCAUUCUAUAGAAUAGUUUUAACUAGAAAUGCAUUCUGCAAUUUCGGCUGGUUAAAUUCCAUGCACAAAAUUGGUGAAAAUUUCAAUUUUCAAUAUUUCAUGUGGCCUUUGUUGACAUAAAAAAAAGUGAAAACAAAAAAAAAAAUAGUAAAGAGAAAAAAAAACAAAAUGCAAAUUGUGCAGACGGCAAUGAGAGCAAAGCAAAAAAUGUGCAGAAUUUAAGCUAUUUAAGAGCUUAUCACUCUGUUUAGUGUUAUUGUAUGCGUUAAGUACUUUAAGCAUCGUAAUUAUUUGUACAUUUAUCACUACCAACUCUAGCAUACUACUACUUAUAGUUUCUUGUAUUACGUUUUUAGUAAUUACUUUAUAUGUAAGAUCACAGCACGCGAAGCUUCAUGAAAACAUCACGAAUUAAUUGCUUUUAAUUUUUUGAAGAGAAAUUUAAUUUAGUUUAUCAUUUUUUUCUGCACGAAUCUCAAGUUUUACUUAAGUUUUCAUUUGAACAAAUUGAGCUUUAUUUUGUACAAUCUAUUAUAUCGUUAUAGGCUAUUGAGUAAUGCACAUGCAAUAUACAUACAUAUGACGUAUCCAAAUAGUAGCAUAUAAACUAUGCCGUGUACUGAAACGAUUCACAAUAUAAAAUUGCAUAUUUGGUAAAUGAAGAAAGAGAAUCGAAACAGAAACAAAAUAUAUCAUUGUAUAUAGCACAUAAGGAGUACUUUGUAUAUUUCCAAAAUCUCAAAAAAACAAAA